AUGAACCUGGAUGCUUUGUUCCAGCAAAUACAGCUCACAGAGAAGCAGGCCGGGGAGAAGAGGCGCCUCAUCCAACAAGCUAAAUUCGACAUAAACAGAUGUUAUGAAAAAAUUAACCAAAUAAAAGAAGAGCUGAGCACUGCAAAAAUGAAAUUAGAAACUAAGGUUCAGCAUCUGUCUGAAAAACGGUUCUACUUAGAAAUGCUGAAGAAACGUGAAGACAGCUUAGAAAAACAGAAAGCUGAACUUAUUAAUCAAAAAAGCUGUCUUCUUAAAAUCUUUACAGAUUCAAAGAGAAAAAUGACUGAAGAGGAUGAUAAUUUUACUAGAGAAGUAACAGAGUUUAAUAAUGAGUAUGGACUAACAAGUAAUAGAGAUCUUCUGAUUAAAAAAAAAGUCAAGACUGAAAUAAAUGAUUUAGAGAAUGAGGCAGCUCUGUUGAAAAACGAAAUGGAGUCAAUGGAACAUAAAAAUGUUCAGUUAAAUGCACUCCAGAUGCAGAAGAGUGAAUUAAAGCAGGAUUUAUUUACCCUCCAAAAUGAACUCAAAGAUCUUGAGAAAGUAAUCAGGGAGGCUGAAAGAAAGACAAAAGAUUUAGAAGCAGAAAAAGUCCAAGUCACUGAAAAACCUCAGACUGAUCCUGAAUGUUUAAGGCUUAAGAAAGAAUUGGAAAAUUGCAGAGAUGAUGAUUGGGAAAGUAUCUGUGAGACUCUUCGAACAGAAAUUGAAAUUCUGCAAGUGAAUCUAUCACAAAAAAAGUCUUCAGACAAGUGA